AUGGUAAUCCUCACAAGUCGUGGCGUCGGCUGCCAUAGUCAACCACACCAAUGUCAUCUUGGUGGUCACGAAUGGUUAUUUUUUAUACUACCGCUACAAUACCGUAAAUCGUUCCGUCAAGAAACCGACUCUCUCUUGUUGUGUAUAGGCAUUUGCUGUCUCUAUAACGCCAUUGCUACAAAUACACCGACAAACCCCUUCUACCUCGCCUAUUUAAUCAAUUGCCAACAACAUGGCGACUGUCCACCCCGGGUGGUAUCAGCGCUCGUUUUGCUGACGUCAUCUCUUCAUCUCUCUUUGCAGACGCCUUGGCCCUCAUCCCCUCACCCUCCCCCCCCAAAAAAAAACUCCGCCCAUCUGAACCGCCUUUCGUCCUUCCUUCACAGUACUUUCUUGCUUGAGCCGUAUCCUUCACCGACCGUUCCCUGUGAAGAUUCUUUCUCGCCACCCCCACUUACUAUCCAAACAUCAAUCAACCACUUCUAUCAAAGAUGCACUCGUUCUUUCUUUCUUUCUUUCUUUCUUUCUUUCUUUCUUUCUUCCAUUCUACUUUCCUUUGUUUGUUUGUUUCUUUCUUUCAUUCUUCCUUCCUUCCACUUCUUCCUUUCCUUUAUUUCUUCUUUCUUUCCUUUCUUUCUUUCUUUCUUUCUUUCUUUCUUUCUUUCAUUCACUGCAUACUCCCAUCCAAAUUCUUCUAAUACUUCUUUAUUCUUCCUCCUAAACUUUAAAGAUUUUUUCAUCUUCUUCUUCUUCUUUUUUCUUCUUCUUCUCAUUCAGUUUAUUACCAACCCCAUGCAAUCCAGGUACGUAGCGUUAUUGACCAAUAUUCGUCAUUCCAUUCCUUCUGACGUAAUCACCAGUGCUUCGCACGUCACAUGUUGUGCAUUGAUUAAACCAGACGUCAUCUUUCCCCUUCGAUUCUAUUUUCUUUCCUAUCGACUUUUACGGUUAACUCUUCUUUCAUUCCUCCCCUUUUUAUCCAUUCAACCAUCUAGGGUUUUUUUUUUUUAA